UUUUUCAUGAAUAGAAGACUCGAGAUGUCCCUUUUCACUUUCUUCUUUUUCAUUUCUUCUCCACUGUUAUCAUGAUCAGAGCCAAGCAAAUCUCUAGUUUAUGGUGAUCUAACAAUUCCAUCUUUGAAUCGUCAUUCUAUUAUUUACAAUUUCUAAUCUUAUAUCUCACUACCUUUUGUCUCAUUACCAGAUAAAAUCCCCAAUCUUUCAAAGCCCUAACUGAUAUAAUGUUGCCUCAAUCAUCUCAGACUACAGCUUCUCCAUCUUUAACAAAUCUUGUCACAGAAAAGCUUACAUAUGAUAAUUUCUUACUAUGGAAGGUACAAAUUGUUCCAAUUGCAAAAGGAUAUGGAGUCAUGGAUCAUCUAGAUGGGUUGAAGCUAGCGCCUUCGGAGUUUGUUGAGUUAGAGGAUGACAAAGGUAAGACCAAUUUGGAACCCAAUCUUGAAUACGAGAAGUGGUAUGCUCAAGAUCAACAAGUUAGUGCUUGGAUUAAUUCUACUCUUUCUCCUGAAAUUCUUGCUCAAAAGGUUUGUCAUGUUCUUGCUAGUCUUGGUGAAGAGUACAAAAUGUUUGCCACAAUUAUGUUGGCUAAGCCACCUUUGCCCUCUUGUGAUGACUUAAAGACACUAUUACUUCAACAUGAGCUUGCAUUUAACAUUACUUCAAAUGCAUCCAGCAGAGUUAUAGACACUCCAUUGCAAAGCAGUGCAAGUCAUAAUGUACUCUACACAUUUGCUUAGUAUGAUCACAAAAAUAGAGGAAAAGGAAUGCA